AUGAAGUACAUCAUUGAGCAUAUGGACGAAGGUUUCAGCGAAUGGGUUAUUCUGGAGUAUUCCCAAAUAAUAAGAGAUGUUGGUGCUAAAAAUUUAAUCUUAUCUUCUCUACCUGAAAGUACUACCGAGAAGGACAUCCCAGAAAAGCUGCUAUCACUAGGUUUACAAUGGACAACUAAGGACCUUAGACACGUUGAGAAGGACUUCGCAACUUUGAAGCCAAUGGAACAUGGAAGGGUUUGUCUUUUAGAUCCAAGAGCCACUUCAGAUUUGCAACCUGCAGAAGUAAAUGAUUUUGAUUACUUCGUUUUCGGUGGCAUUCUUGGAGAUCAUCCACCAAGAGAUCGUACAAGCGAGUUAAAGAGGCAAUAUCCAGAACUUUUAGUGGGAAGAAGACUUGGAGACAAACAAAUGACCACCGAUACUGCUGUGAGAACCACACAACUUAUAGUGAAGAAGGGGAUCAACUUUGAAAAUAUCAAAUUCAUAGACUAUCCAGAAUUCAGGUUCAACAAGUAUGAAGCAACCGAAAUGCCAUUUAGAUACGUUCUCGAUUCCAAUAAUAAGCCAAUACUACCGGAAGGAAUGCUCGAGCUAAUAAAGAGGGAUUCUGCCCAAACUUUAGAUGACUUAUUAUAA